GGUUCCUUCGGGCGCUCAAGUAGCUGACGGAGAGGGCCGCCGCCCAGCAGUAGACGCUGUCUCAGUUAGCCGAGCCGCAGACUCCGUGGUGUUUAGUGAGCCCGGGCUCGGUCCCCUCUCCCGCCGCCGCCAUGGGCUGCACGUUGAGCGCCGAGGACAAGGCGGCGGUGGAGCGGAGCAAGAUGAUCGACCGCAACUUACGGGAGGACGGAGAGAAAGCGGCCAAAGAAGUGAAGCUGCUGCUACUCGGUGCCGGAGAAUCUGGUAAAAGUACCAUCGUGAAACAGAUGAAAAUCAUUCAUGAGGAUGGCUAUUCAGAGGAAGAAUGUAAACAAUAUAAAGUAGUUGUCUACAGCAAUACUAUACAGUCCAUCAUUGCAAUCAUAAGAGCUAUGGGACGGCUAAAGAUUGAUUUUGGGGAAGCUGCCAGAGCAGAUGAUGCCCGGCAGUUAUUUGUUUUGGCUGGCAGUGCUGAAGAAGGCGUCAUGACACCAGAACUAGCAGGAGUGAUUAAACGGUUGUGGCGAGACGGUGGGGUGCAAGCUUGCUUCAGCAGGUCCAGGGAGUAUCAGCUCAAUGAUUCUGCUUCAUAUUACCUAAAUGAUUUGGAUAGAAUAUCCCAAACCAACUACAUUCCAACUCAGCAAGAUGUCCUGCGGACAAGAGUAAAGACCACAGGGAUUGUGGAAACGCAUUUCACCUUCAAAGACCUGUACUUCAAGAUGUUUGAUGUAGGUGGCCAAAGAUCAGAACGAAAAAAGUGGAUUCACUGUUUUGAGGGAGUGACAGCAAUUAUCUUCUGUGUGGCCCUCAGUGAUUAUGACCUUGUUCUGGCUGAGGAUGAGGAGAUGAACCGAAUGCAUGAAAGCAUGAAACUGUUUGACAGCAUUUGUAACAACAAAUGGUUUACAGACACUUCAAUCAUUCUCUUCCUCAACAAGAAAGACCUUUUUGAGGAAAAAAUAAAGAGGAGUCCAUUAACUAUCUGUUAUCCAGAAUACACGGGUUCCAAUACAUAUGAAGAAGCAGCUGCUUAUAUUCAGUGCCAGUUUGAAGAUCUGAACAGAAGAAAAGAUACCAAGGAGAUCUAUACCCACUUCACCUGUGCCACAGACACCAAGAAUGUGCAGUUUGUUUUUGAUGCUGUUACAGAUGUCAUCAUUAAAAACAACUUAAAGGAAUGUGGACUUUACUGAAGAGAGGUGGAUGUUAAUAAAAGUUAUUACAGUGUGGAGUGUUGAGACCAGACUUCUUUUGCUGUCUCAUUGGGCAGCUACAAGCAUGAACGGGACCAGGGAAUGGCAGCAGCAUGCAGAAUCUUAGCACUCUUUAGCACAAUCUUCUGUAUUAGGGAACUCUUAAUUGACACGAGAUGCUAAAGUCAGACAUUGGAAUUGGAACAGCUGUAAAGUAUGAUUUGAUCAUCAAGACAUCACUUGGAUUUCAUAAUCUCAAAUGUUUAGGGCUGAUGUGAAGUUGAGGUGCUGCAUUCCAGAACUUUAAUAUGUAGCUUAUUCUUUUUUUCCUUCUUAACAGACCACCAGUAGUUCAUUUUUAAAGGUUUGUUUUUUUUUUUCAUCGAGAGAAUAACGUGACUAAAUUUUAUUUGUUUGCAAAGAAUCUUUAUUAAAACACAAUCUUAACUAUGCACAUGAUGUGGCCAGAUCAUCUUAAAAAUUUUCCUCUUAGUAGGAACUCUUUGUUUUUAACUUUUGGUAUGGUCAGAGCAUAAUAUUUCCAUAAUUACUUAAUUCUUUACGGUUAUUGGGGCUAUGAUUGUAGCUUUUUUGGAUGAAAUUUACGUUACUCUCCUGUUCAAAGUACCAUUAUGGUUUCUAAAUGGUAAUUACAUUGGAGAGUUCUGUAAUAAGAUUCUAGCUCUCUAACUUUUAUUUAAGCUUAUGGUUUAAGGUUAACCUGGUUUAUGCUGAUUACCAAAUUAUUAGGUUAAUGUUGAUGUAGUAUGUAAAGUUAGCUUCUUGGAUACAGACAUAGCCAGGGCAGCUGUUGAUUAGAAAUGCUAAUUACUAAAUUCCAAACAGAAAACAGUGACUUUGCUGCUACAGAUCUACUAAAUUGACCACUUUGGUUCUUGCUUGUUUGUCUCAGUCAUAGGGAGUUCUGUAAAAAAAGAUGCCCCUUGUUUUCCAUCUUCCAUGGCCUUUUCUGUUGGGAAACAUCUAAAGUGUAUUAACAAUGCAUGCUUUUACUUUGUAAAUGUGGUGCCAAAUCCCUGUUUGCCAUUGUUUUUAUUGUAGCAAUGUUAAUUGUAGUAAUCCUUAGUCAGUACCUUCUUUUGCCGAAACUAUUGCAUUUUGGGACUUUUUCCACAAUGUUGUGUGUACAGAUUUUAAUCUGUUAUAGUUGGCAGCAGUAUUAAAAUGGUGAGUAAAGAGUC